AUGGGGGUGCGGGCACCGGUACCGGCAGCACCGGCGGGGCUGGAGCCCGGGCUGCGUGGGGAUGGGGCGGUGUCGGGGCACGGCCGUGCUGCUCCUCGCCUUGGGUGGCUGGCAGGACACCUGGCCGGGCUGCUGGCAUCGGGCACCGCCUGUGCCAACGUCUACCAAGGCUUCUCGGACUGCGUCCUCAAGCUGGGGGAAAACAUGGCCACGUACGAGGAGGAGGAUGGCGUGGAGCUGCAAGGGUUGCACCGAGUCUGUGGGUACUGGGAUGAGUUUCAGACGUGUGCCCUGGCGGCGCUCUGGGAGUGCCAGAAGGAAGCGGUGGCCGUCUGGGAGAUGCUGAGAAGGGAGUCUCGAAAAAUCAAGUUUCAAGGCAGCUUGUUCGACCUCUGCAGCCCCAGCACGGCCCGGAGCUUUGCCUGGACCCGCGUUCCCAACGUUUCCAUCCUCAGCAUCCCCCUCAUCGUCACUUGGCUGAACUUGUAAACGGCAGCUCUGUAAGUAUCGCAGCAAAGGUGGCGGCAGCGUGUGGCGUGUCAUUUUUCCCAACCUUUGAAGAACGGGAACCCAACCUUGAGGAACCACCUUUGUGGUGCUCAGCGAACGCUUGGCUCCAUCCUGCACCUGUGAGACAUGGAAGAGCUCAGCAGCAUCUCCCGUUUUUCACUGUUUCUCUAUAAUUUGGAGUAACAUCUGUCCCCUUCUGCAUCAAGGCACAGGCGCAGAUCUGGCUGACUGCAGAAUUUGGGAACUUGUAGAUACAGGGCAGAGGAUUUGGGGAAAAAAAUGAUAAAUUGGUCAUGAACACUGGAUUCUCUUGUCCUCUUCUAUGGCUACUGGAAGGAAACCUGUUUACUUUGCUGACUCUUUCCACCAGACCGACUCCCCCAGUUUCUGAUUUGGGCCAUGAAAACAAGAUGAGCAUUUUUACCACUGAUUUGUGAGGUGCAGAGGAUGAUGUAUGUCCUGUCAAAGGCAGAAAGGAGACCUCACUGCCCUGUACUGGCCUUUUUGCUUUGAGGACAUGGUGAAACUUCUGCUGAAGAACAAUCUCAGGUGCAUGACCUAUUCUCGCACACAUCUGGAUUCCUGUGUAAAUCCCAUGUAAUGUGUAAAUCCCUUUUCUAAGGAAAUAGAGGACAAAAAUGUUUGGGGAAGAGGGGAGUGUGAAACUAGCAUGACAAAAAGGAUUUAGAGCAACUCUUUUACUUUAAAGCUUUCUCCAAAGGUUCCUGUAAGCAGCUGUGUGGGUGGC